AGUUAUGGCAGAAAGUACAAGUCUCAUGUUUGACGUCGCAUACGACCUUCUUGAUGAUUUCCUGCUCGAGUUCCAUCGAUGGGGUGAUCUUCCAGCCGAUGUUAAGCUUCACAUCUUAAAAUACCUCACAUUUCCAACACUAAGAGGCAUCAUGUUUCUAAGUAAGGAAUGCUACGACUUGGUACGCAAAAUAAAACCGAAGGUUGACAUACAACUUGAAGAUGCGGCAUUUUCAGCUUCCACGAAACAGCGUAAACUCGCAAAAAAUCACGGUGUGGAGUUACACAUAUACUGGCGCAAACCUGGAGCGGAAUUUGUACAUGAUUAUCCAUUGGUUUUUGUCAAGGACAGUGAAGAGGGAUGCUGCGUGCAGAGGCUAAUAUUUGAAAAAGGAAAGCUUUGCAAGCGACCAGGCACAAGAUACAGCUCAAACACCACUACUGCAGCAACAAAAGCUAUGUUCUGGCUCUCCAAAGUUUUGAAUAUUCAAGCAACGACCGUUUCAAUGCCUUCACCAAAUGCGAAUUUGCGGGCUGUUUUAGCCGAACAAUCAUCUUCGCAGAAGAUAGCCAAGGAAAAUUUUACCGUCAUUACCGACAACGAACCCUUGGUCACCGUUGAUUUUCUGAGGUUUUUGAAACGUGGAUGCGGAGUAUCUGUCGUCAUGAAAAAUGGAUCUACCGAACUCUUCCGCGGUGUUGAGUUAUUUGACCAUGAAAUUUUUCAAUGCGCUCGAAAGAUCACGUUUCACGGCUGGAAAGCAGAGUUGAAAGAUGAUCAGCUUAUUAACCUUGCAGCAGAAGAAAUUUGCAUCACCUCGCCUUAUAUCACAUCUGGAGCUAUAAAUAAACUUAUUUUGGAAUGGCUGGACGGAAAGCGUAGAAUCAGCUCCAUACGGUUGGGCGAGAUGCAAACUUUGGAUUUGAAAAUCAUAUUGCGUAAUGUUGAUCCGACAGCAAUUAUGCUUUGGGAGGACUUCGUAAAAUUAACAUCCUACCAUUGGUCUUGGCACUUUGGAAUAACGCCCGUUUCCGUUAUCAAAGGACCCCAAGGCUUUCUCAUCUUACGAACGGACAAGGAUACUAACAGUUGCCAUCUAGUUGAUUAUGCCUAUCUGACCUCGUGAAGCAAAUAUGAUUUAUUCUAUUU